AUGUCACGACCCGAACACAUUGCACCUCCAGAAAUCUUUUAUGGUGACGAUGAGGCCAGAAAGUACACCGACAAUUCGCGUAUUGCUUCUAUUCAAGCCGAGAUGGCUUAUCGUGCCCUAGAGUUGCUCAAUUUGCCUCCGGGACCUGCCUAUUUGUUGGAUAUCGGUUGCGGAUCCGGCUUGAGCGGAGAAAUUUUGGAAGAAGAGGGUCAUAUUUGGGUGGGCAUGGAUAUUUCGCCUUCCAUGCUUGAUGUCGCCAGGGAAAGAGAAGUCGAAGGCGAUCUGUUGCUUCAGGAUGCUGGACAUGGUGUCGGCUACAGACCCGGUACAUUUGAUGGCGCUAUAAGUAUUUCUGUAUUACAAUGGCUUUGCAAUGCCGACAAAACCAUCAAUCGACCCAAGGCACGAUUACAGCGAUUCUUUUCGACUUUAUACGCAUCGUUAAGCAAGGGCGCCCGUGCUAUUUUCCAAUUUUACCCUGAAAAUGACGAUCAAAUCCAGUUGAUCAUCGAUGUCGCAACGCGUUGUGGUUUUGAAGGUGGUUUGUUGAUUGAUUAUCCCAAUUCCAAAAAGGCCAAAAAGUACUACUUGUGUCUUUUUGCCGGUCAGCAAACAGGUGUACGUAACGAGAUGCCUCGUGCUCUAGGCGAAGACGGCGAAUUACAUCCUGACGAAGAGAAAUCGAUUGCUUACGAAAAGCGACGAGCCGUGCAACGAUCGCGAAAACCGAGUCGACAUGCCGUUAAGGACAAGUCAUGGAUUCAACAUAAGAAACAGAUUGCUCGCGAUCGUGGUGACAAACCUGUCGCCAAAGACUCCAAAUUUACCGGCCGAAAACGAAAAGUACGCUUCUAA